AUGGAAAGCAUCUUGCUGUUUUGGAUAAAUAAGCUAACGUAUGAUAACAGCGUGGGAACCCUCGUUCUGUCCGCUCUUCUCAACGCUGGUCCUGAGGCUCGUAACCGAGCUCUGCGCGUGAACUCGUUCACCACCACCCCGGCUGAAAUUCAGGCUGAGUUUGAGCGUCAGACGACUGGUCAGCCAUGGGAGUCCGUUUCGGAGACCUCCCUUGAGCGACUGCGCGAGCUGGAAAAAGCCGCCUGGGACGCUGGAAAUGGAGCUGCGACGGUGCUCACUCUGCGCCGCAUCUGGGCUGAGGGAGGCACUUUGUAUGAGCAGCGGGAUAAUGGGCUUAUUGGGGAGCCCAAGGUAAUGGGUCUGCAAGAGGUGAUUGCCAACGAGAUCCGCCGAGUUUCUUCACUUUAA